CCCGCGACACGUACGAUGUAAGAUUACUGUUAUUUUUUAGUCAAUUAUUUCUGGGUAUUCGUCAGCCAGAGGAGCAAGUUCCAGCAUCGGCGACGUCGUGAAGCUCGAUUCAUUCCGGAAGGCUUUUCUAUCAAACCGCGUUUAGGUUGCCUGUUUUCUGAUUAGCCCGGCUGUGGAAUAUCGAGAUCAUCAAUUUGUAGACAUGAGCAUCCGCUACUACAGAUCAGAGAAGCCUGCCUCGGGUAAAAUGAGAAAACUGAAGGAGCUUAAUCUCAAAGGUGAUAAUCGCAUCUGUGCAGAUUGUAGUGCUCCAGAUCCAAAGUGGGCGUCAGUGAAUAUUGGUGUUUUUAUAUGCUUAAAGUGUAGUGAUGUUCACAGGACUCUUGGUACAGAUAUAUCAAAGGUGCUGCCUUUGACAUUGGAAGAAUGGAGUGAAAGUGACAUUGAUUCCAUGAUUGAAGUGGGAGGGAAUACAUAUGCCAACUCAAUAUAUGAGGCUUUUCUUCCUAAAGGGUAUCGAAAACCUAAACCAGAUUCAAAUAAUGAGGAACGAAGCAAAUUUAUUAGGUCAAAGUAUGAGUUGCAAGAUUUCCUGAAACCAAGUUUGCGUAUAGUGUCUUCAAAGAUAUCCUUCGACGCAUAUGAAUCUUCAAGGGAUUUGGAUCACAAGCAUCAACCCUGCAGUUCAAAGAAGACAGAAGAUGCACGGGAAUUUAUUGGUGAAUUGAAGGUCAAAGUAAUCAGAGGCAUAAAAUUAGCUGUUAGAGAUUUGCUUACAAGUGAUCCAUAUGUAAUUUUGAAUCUGGGGCGGCAGAAAGCCCAAACUACAAUUAAAAAUAGCAAUUUGAAUCCAGUAUGGAAUGAAGAGUUCAAAUUUACAGUACCUCAACGUUAUGGAGCAUUGAAACUGCAAGUAUACGAUCACGACAUGUUUUCUGCGGAUGAUAUAAUGGGCGAGGCUGAGGUUGAUCUCCAGCCUAUGAUCACUGCUGCAUUAGCUUUUGGGGAUCCUGAGCUUCUCGGAAACAUGCAGAUCGGAAGGUGGUUCAAAACAAAUGACAAUGCACUCAUUAAGGAUAGCUUCAUUAACAUUGUGGAUGGAAAGGUAAAACAAGAGGUACAUCUAAAGCUACAAAAUGUAGAGCGUGGAGAGAUUGAACUAGAAUUAGAAUGGAUUCCUGUAGAUGAAUGAACCUUCUCGGCUGGUGGUUGGUAAUUUUUUGACUUGCUAGCUCUAUCAGUUCAUGCGUUAAAGAGGGGUCAUUAUUAUCUUUGUGUAAAAAGGUAUAGAUCUUUGUUAUUAGUUUGUAUCAUAUGUUUAUUUGAAGAUAGAUCCUUCACUGAGUGUAUUUAGAUCUUCCGUACAUGUUGGAGCUAUGUUUCGUGUAUCAACUUUGAUUUAAUUCUAAUUAUCAAUUUUUAAAUGGAUUUAA